UAAAAAUAUUUGCUGCUAAAUUUAACGCCUGCCACGAAAGUGUUUCUAUCAAUUCAUACCUGAAAAAUAUUGUGUUCGGUAUUGAUAUCUACUGUAUUUACUUUAUUUAAUCUUUGAGAUAAUAGAUGCAACGUGCGCCAACCAACGUAAACUGUAAACGUAAAGGAGAAUGUAAACGUCUGCUAAUAGUUUUGUUGGUGGUGUGCCAGUUAUUUUUAGAAUAUAGAGACUGCUGGCUGGGAAAAUAUCGAUAUGGCUCCAAAAGUUAAAGGCAAAACUGAAACUCAUUUUAACAUUCGUAAAUACUGGAAAAAAAUUUCAGGAAAAUUACCGAGGAAGGAUUUCUUCUGGUCUCUUAUUUUCGAUCCUAACCGGCUUCCGUUGGUCUCCUUAUGUCUGAUAUUAGUGGAGAUAGUUUUGAACGUCUUAGUGAUUCACCGCGUGAAGUAUACUGAGAUAGACUGGAUGGCUUACAUGCAAGAAGUUGAAGGCGUAUUGAAUGGUACGCUCGAUUACAAACAUCUAAAGGGUGACACAGGACCUCUAGUGUAUCCUGCUGGAUUCGUUUACAUAUUUGGGAUAUUGUAUUACAUUACGAACCAAGGAAGAAAUAUCAGACUCGCUCAGUACAUAUUUUGUGUUUUUUACAUUGUUAUGUUGAGCUUGGUUUUGCGGUUGUACUGUAGGAGUAAGAAAGUACCGCCAUAUGUAGUCAUUCUUGCAUGUUGUACAUCCUACAGAAUACAUUCAAUUUUUGUACUAAGGCUUUUCAAUGAUCCAGUUGCAAUGUUGUUAUGCUACGCAGCAAUAAACAUGUUUAUGGAUGGUAAAUGGACACCUGGGAGUUUACUUUUCAGUUUGGCUGUUUCAGUGAAGAUGAACAUUCUACUCUUUUCACCUGCACUGUUGUUGGUGUACCUAACAUCACUUGGUGUGAAGGGAACUGUUAAACAGCUCACAGUAUGUGCGUUAUUACAACUGGUUCUAGGUCUUCCAUUCCUUUUAACAAACCCAUUGUCAUAUAUUCAAGGAGCUUUUAACUUAGGGAGAGUAUUUUUGUAUGAAUGGACAGUAAAUUGGAGGUUCCUUCAAGAAAAUGUUUUCACAAAUUUCUAUUUUCACAUGUUUCUUUUAUUGUGCCACUUUAUUUUAUUGGUUUGUUUUUACAGACUGUCCAUGACAUACUUACGUAGCUAUGCAACAUUGAAAGAAAUUGAAACCAGUGCAAAAACCCAAAUGAUGAAGAAAAAGGAAACCGUUGAUAUGUCUACAUCUUCACAAUUGUUGCUUCUGCCUCUCUUUAUAGCAAAUUUCAUUGGAAUUGCUUGCAGCAGAUCUCUGCACUACCAAUUUUACGUGUGGUACUUCCAUACGCUGCCAUAUUUGUUGUGGUGCACGUCAUUUUCGACACCAGUGCGUCUUUGUAUUCUUGGUGUCAUUGAAUUCUGUUGGAAUGUGUUUCCAUCUACAAGUUUCAGCAGUGCAGCCCUUCAUGUGUGUCAUGCUGCUAUUCUGUACGGCUUGUUCAAAAUUAAAAUACAAGGAAAAUCUGCGUAAUUCUGAUUUGAAACAUAUUCUUUUUCUGCCAAAGACUACCAAUACUAUUUAAAUGUGUUGUAUGUUGAAUUACACACAUGACAAUACAGUCAUUUGCAACUGUGCUAAAUCAA